UACACGUUGAGUCGAUACAUAGACGAGACUUGUGUACAUAUAUCCGCGUGUUUGUGUACCGGUCGUGUGUGGAUUUCGACCACGCCGCCCUUGCGGCCGCCCAACGAAAACGCGUUGGUACCGCCAUGUGGCCGCUACCGCGCAUACUUUAUGUGAUGUCGUAAAACCGCAAUUUCGAUAUACCGAAAAUAGAACGAAAAAUCAAUUGGACGGACCAGAUCCGUUUCGGAGCCCAAUGUGUUUUUUAGAACUGCAACCGUUCUGGACGACGGCCAACCGCACUGACGACUGCGCGUAAUCGCUCGAUAGUGUUGUCCAUGUUUUCGUCGUCGCGCACAUUAAACAAUCGCAACGCUAAAUCAAAUGUUUUUUAGACCAGGCGAAAAGUCACGCGAUACACUUUACCCUCCGCAAGACAAUCGGUCGUUUAACUGUUACGGUUAACAAUUUUUCGCGUGCCGGACACAUUUUUUUUCAUAUUUUUUACGCUGUCAUUAUUCUCUCCUCACUCGAGGGCUGUGAUGGCAACCGCUACGGCUUGACCUUUCGGGCCCCUUGGACACGCGACAUUUUACCUUCUUCGGCCGACCGGAUUUCAUUUUUCCACUUUUAUUACACUACUGCCCGUUUUUACGGAGUUUCUUUGUGACUCGUCUCAAGAGAACGAUGCACAAUGACGUAUAUCUAAACGAUUGGACAACAGCCCGUUAAUAGCACAUAAAAAUCCUAUUAAAACAACCGAGUCGAUAUCCUCGUAUGCCGCACACACGUGUAGAUGACCACAAAAUUUGUAAUUGCCGCCGCUGUCGGCUAUUAUUCUGAAUUUAUUGUCAAGUGUAACCUCAGCCGCGUCGGUAGAUACACUCGAAACUCUGUCGCUAAAGAUAAUCUCCGUUAUGUAAAUAUACGACUGAUGGGAGUCGUAAACACACAGAAAUAACCGGAUGUUAUCACUCGGAUUACGUAGAUGACAAUUGAACGUACGUCGACGUUUACGUUAACACAAAUAUCACACGGCGUGCAAAGUGAUACAUUGUUAUAAUAACGUGCGGGAUUGUGAAAAAAUAAAAAAUUGAACGACCGAACUCGUCCCGUUUUUAUUCGCAAAAUUAAUGUUGUUGUUCGGGUUAUUUUUAAUAUACGGAGUCGUAUAAUUUUAAUUGCCGGCAGAUUUUUUUAGCGAGCGAUUACACCACACCGAUGUCAUUGUGUUAAAUAUAACGUAGACUUUUAAUGUUUGUAAAAUUAUUGACGGGGGGGGGGGCGUUGGUGGAGAAAACGUGUGACAAUGACGUCGAGUGGGAAAUGUCUAUGGCGUUUAAAAGAACAUUCCGAUCGAUUCGUUGGCGGCAUAAUUUAUUGGGCUUCAGUAGCGUCGUGGUUCCUGCGUCCGGAGAUGGCCGGAGCCAGCGUGCCGCCGAUAGUACCACAACCACCGCCCAUGCCCAUCCGACCUUCUCGGUCAUCUUCAGACCCUCCGCAAAUGGCCAUGCCGCCCACCAUAUGUACCGCCAUCAGAUGCACAGUUCCAGGGUGCAUGUGCGACUGUUUCACUCCGGGCAAACUACACAUUCGGUUCUGCGAUGCUUGUGGCCACGGAUGGGUCCCACACGCUCUGGACAAAUUGGGAUUCGGUGGAGCGUCUUUGGGAAACGGUGCUGUCGAACCCAUCCAACCAAAUGUUGCGUUCGACAUCGCCAGUCUAGUUUUGUACGGUUGCCAAGCGCUGCCCAUUAGGCUAAAAAUUUUACUGGACCGUCUGUUUAGCGUGCUCCGGCAAGACGAAGUGUCCGCUGUCCUCCGAGGAUUUGGCUGGACCCACGAAGACUACGCCAGAGGAUACAUACUACAGGAACCUCACGGAGGCAUUCUUGAGCGAUGGAACAUAUGUAGCCCAGAAGAAGAACCGCUCGUGUUGCAGCAGUUUUUGCGGUUUGGUGAAACUAGAAUGGUAACACAGCAAUUAUUAUUACAUGGAUUGAAUGCUGAUUUUAGAGCACUGCCCAGUCUUGAAACCGAUAUGAAGAGGUUAAUGGAACGUCAAAAGCAACAACAAAACCAUGACCACAAACCUAACUUUGAAACUAAAUUCCGGCCUAGGUCUCCUUCGUCACUAAUGCAACCGCGUUUGCCGUCGACUCUUGGAAAUUCACCACCGUCGCCUCCUAAACCCACAUUCGGGUUUGCAAAACCAUCUAGUGGUAGUAGUAGUAGUUUAGCCUUACCAGCUUCACCGUUGGUUAACACUAACGGUGGUUCUCCACCAACGACUAGUCCUACCAGUGUCUCACCUCUUAACAAAUUGCAAAACAUGCAACCAUUUGAUUUCCGCAAAAUGCAAUCCACCGGCGGAUUCCCAGGAAAACCAUCUUCGGAGAGAAGAAAUUCGGAUUUAUUACCUCCGCCCCCACGACCAAAUCAGAACGAAUACAAUAAUAGCAAGUAUACUACUCCAGAAAGCUUAGCCGGAAGCAGCGAGUUUGGAUCAGAAGACGGUGACGAAGAGGAAGAAAAUUCGCAAAGCGCUUUGAAUCUGAGCAAAGACAACAAUAGUAAAACGGCCAGGCCACAUAGGGGACACAUGCGUAAAACCUCUAUGCCUCUUAAACGGCAAUGGGGUUCCGCUAGCUUACCAUUGAACUUGGGAACUCAACUUAUCAACCCGGCUACUGGCAAAAAACGCGUACAAUGCAACGUGUGCCUGAAAACUUUCUGCGACAAAGGGGCACUGAAAAUACACUUUUCGGCUGUGCAUUUACGCGAAAUGCAUAAAUGUACCGUCGAAGGCUGCAACAUGAUGUUCAGUUCGAGAAGAUCAAGAAACAGACACAGCGCCAACCCCAAUCCAAAACUGCACUCUCCUCAUUUGCGCCGCAAAAUAUCUCCACACGACGGCCGUAGCUCACAAGCUCAUCAUCCAAUGGUCAUCUCUCCGCUCCAAGCGUCGGCGAUGAAUCAGUUGGCCUUUGGCGCUUUCCCUUUACUGACGGGCAGUGGCCCAGAUUUGCACGCUGCUGGUUCUAAACAGAGCUCAUCUUCGGGCUUACAUUUAGCUGACGAACUCCGCAGGUCGGCCGAUUUCUCUUCGGACAAUAUGGAUGAAUACAUGGACGACGAGGAAGACGGCAUAGUGGUGGACGGCGCAACUGUAGACGACGACGACGAUUCGGAACACAGGAGCGACCGCAGCAAGAGGAUGUCGGAGGAGUCUGAGGACGACGGCGCUAGUACUAUCGAGCCACCGAACAACAACAAUAAGCCGCCGAUAGUGCCGACGAACGUACGCAAACGGAAAAAUCAAAACCCCACGAGGUUUGCGGCGGCUGCCGAUCUCAGCGACGAAGGUAUGUCUUGUACGGACGAAGGCUCUGCCCCGUCGCCUAAGAACAACAAUAACGAAGAAGAAGUGACGGCCAAACAGAACCAAGGCGAAGACCAGUGUCUGAACCUGAGCAGGAAACGCUCUGCCAGUCCCAUAGAUGGCAGAUUGCAUUCCGCCGACUCCAGGGACUCGUUGUUGUCCGAGAACGAUGAUGGCGAAGACGACGAGUGCAAUUCCGAUAGCGACGGUCACGUUUAUGGCAUGUUCGAAAACGGUCGCUUCGUGGAAAUGGAAGAGGUUCCCGUCGACAAAGAAAAUCCACGCAAAUGCGUCGCCUGCGGUAAAACGUUCCCUAAUCAUUUCAGCGUCAAGACACAUUAUCAAAACGUGCAUCUCAAACUCAUGCAUAAAUGCGUAGUGGACGGAUGCAAUGCGGCCUUUCCGUCGAAGCGCAGUAGAGAUAGACACAGUUCCAACCUAAACUUGCACAGAAAGUUAUUGUCCACCUCGCCGACCGCUGCCGACGAACAACUGUCGCACCGUCAACAACAGUCGCAACAACCGCCAGUAAGCGCUGCAGCGGCGGUAGCCGCAGCGGCCGCGGCGGCAGCAGCAGCUUCCGAAAAUCCUUACGGUAUGCACGCCGAAUUCUUGGCCCGGCUGUACGCGGACUCGCAACAGUUCCAAGCUUUCUCCAACGGAGGCAUGAUACUACCCCAGUUCGGUCCGUUCAGACAUCAUCCGCCGGCCAUGACCAACGGUGGCGGCGUACCCCGCUUGGUGUAUUCGGCCGACGAAGACCUUCCGCCCAGCCCGGACAAAGAAACCGGCAUGUACUCGUGCCGGUUCUGCAGCAAAGCGUUCCCGGACAAGAACGGCAUGCGAGAGCACUACGAACAAUUGCACAUGCACGAGAUGCACCGGUGCAAAGUACAGGGUUGUGGAAUGGUGUUCAGCUCGAGGACCAAAAGAAACGCUCACGCCGAAAACCAUCCUCCGGUGUCCGCGUCGUGACCACGGCAGUUUCCCGUUCCGCCCCCGUGGUGGUGGUAACCAAACGCAAUAAAAAACAAUUCAUCUUACCACCGCCUUGUUGCCCAUAGUCUAUCGUGAUCGUCACGAGACAUAUCUACCUCGGCAUUCACAUACUUAAACGUGUGUGUUGUCCUCCUCACCUGGCCUAGCCGUAUAAUUGUCUCGGUCUGCAUUGCCACCGCCUCCAGCCAAUCUCCAAAUAGUAAUUUACCCGAACCCCCGUCAACGUCGUCGACACUGUAAUGCCACUUAGACCCCGUUGCCUAAACGACCUAAUCUCCGUUCUCCUCCCUCUUAUUCAUUAUCUCCGUGUACGAGAACGUGUGUUUCAUCGUGAUGUAAUUUAUAUUAAAUGGUUUUUUUUUUUUUUUACACUCGUAUAUACAUUUAUAUAUAAAGAGUAAAACGUGGAAAAAAUCUUUAGCCCUAAAAAUAUAAUUGGUGCUUUAAUUUUUUUUUUUCUGAUAAAACAUAGAACGUACAAAAUAUGUAGGAUUUUCGUUUUGAACAAAACAUGACGUUGUUUUUUUCUUUUCAUUAAACGGCUUAAUAAUAUUAUAAAAAUAUCAGAUUGAUAUAAAUAUAUUUCUGAAUCUAUUGUAUACGACUUGAAUGUGAUUCAUUUUUUUUUUUUUAUUUGUUAAAUAUAUAUUUAUUAACUAUUAUUAUUAUCAUAAAUAUUGUGGCUGUACUUAUAAAUUAAAACUAAAAAAAAAAAAGUGGGAUAGUAGCGUGAAAUGUAGCCUAGUAAUAAUAAAAAUUAUUAUUAAAUGUACAUUUUAAAUAUUAUAUAGGUUGUGUUUUUAUUAUUGUAUUGUAUAAAUCAUUUUUAGGAAAAUCUCGUGUAAAUAAAUGCGGUUAGAUGUUAAUGCAUUAGAAAUAUUUCUAAAUACAUUUUAUUAACUACAGCGCGGCGAUUCAUAGUGAGUUUUUUAAUGCCUACUAUACGAUAUGUACAACGGUUUGUUUGAAAUGUAUUUGGGCAUCAUAUUGCGGUGUAUAGAGAAAAUACGCCCGUUUUAAUCAAAAAAACAAUUCUGAUCUAAGAUAUUUGAAAAUAUUUACUAGUCCUUAUCUUAUAGAGUUAUUUUGUAGAGAGGCAAUUUUAUUUGUCAUAUUAUUAAAUAAAUAUUAUCAUAAUUAUAUUAUAUUAUACGUAUAUACUGUAUGAUUUACUGAAAAUAAAAAUUAAUAUAAGUGACUAUUAGCCUAAA